GAUAGGAAAUUCUUAUGAAUAUACUUAAAAAUUUCAUUAGUACCUCAAAUGUAACUUAAAUUUGAACAUAUUCUCAAAUUGAACUCAGGAUGCCAUCUGAAGUAUAAUGUGACAACUUGUAACUUAAUAGUGGAUUGUAGUACUACACGUGAUAUGAAAAUCUCUUUAAUUUACAAUACCUUAUCAUAAUAUAAGAUUAAAUAUUACUAGUAUAUAAACAAAAUCAUGUUGACGCGAUUAUGUGUACGUGUUAGUAAAAAACUGUUAAAUACAAGUACAGGAUUUCACAAAACAACAGAAUAUCACUUUAGCGGUCUCGCAUAUAAUAUAACAAACGGUCCUUUGAAACAGGAUUGUGUAUUAAACGUUCAUAAACUUUCGAGGAUUCAUAAGAUUUAUUUCGCUCGGUAUGAAAGCACAGCUAAUACAACAAUAAAAGAAAAUGCAUCAAAUACGCCACCAGAUUCACCUGUGCCACAAACACAAAUAACAGACCUAAAUAAUUCAGUACCAGAGAAAGAUCUAUUAAGUGAAAUACCAGAUCCACCUCUUCCACAAAUACCAUUGCCUACUGAAAUCACAGAGGUUAUUAAACUACAUGCAAAUGGGGAACCUACCUUUGAAAGCUUAGGAUUAGGUGGAUAUGGCCCUGUGGGAAUUAUUCAAACAUUUUAUGAAUUAGUUCAUAUUAAUUGUAAUCUACCAUGGUGGGCAACAAUUGUACUAACUUCAGUACUUAUCAAAGUUGCAACAUUUCCACUUUCGAUAUCUGUACAGAAAAAUACUAGCAAUAUGAACAGAAUUCUGUCACAAAUAAUAAAGUUACAGGAAAAUAUGACUGACGCAAGAAGAUGUGGAAAUUCACAAGAUGCUGCUGUAUAUGCUUUUGAAUUACAACAGCUGAUGAGGAAAAAUAAUGUUAAGAUAUUUCCUGUUUCGAAUCUUUUGAAGAUUGGAACACAUCUACCAAUAUUUUUUGCUCUACGAGAAAUGACUAGUAAACCUGUAGAAAGUUUAAAGGAAGGUGGAUUGUGGUGGUUUACGGAUUUAAGUAGUACUGAUCCAUAUUAUCUGUUGCCACUGGGUACUACUAUAACAUUAUAUGCUGUUACUUCAUAUGCAUUGAAGAAUUCAAAAAAUUUGGCUCCAAUAAUACAAAAUAUGUUCAAAGCAAUACCAGUUAUUUCAUUUAUAUUUGCAGUGAAGUUUCCGGGGGCCAUUUUGUGUCAUUGGGCUGUUUCAAAUAUUCUAACCAUAAUAGAAAAUCAAUUACUGCAUUUAGAGAAAGUAAAAGCAUUUUUUAAUAUCCCUCCUAUGAUGACCACAAAUAUAGACAUAAAGAGAGACAAAGGCUUCAAGGAAUCAUUCUCUGAUGCUUGGACUAACAUGAAACUAUCUAAUAAGCUAGCAGCUUAUGCACGUGCAGAUGUAAAACAAUUUAAUAAUGCAGCUAAAGGUCCACUCCCAAUGACAUAUAAAUACAACCCAGUAAAAAAUUUAUCAAAAGCAACAUCAGCAACAUCAAUGACAACAAUGAAAAAAUGAGAUUUUAUGUAUAUGAAAUUUCUUUACAUAUUUAAUUAGAUCUAAUUGUAAUAAUUUGAAAUUUAUGUCAAUAAACUAGAAAAUAAUGAUAAGAUAUCUCUAAUAAAUUAUAUACAAUUA